AUGCCCUUCGUGCCAGGCAAGCCGCUGAAGCUGAGGAUGCUGCAGAAGUGUCUGAGCCUUGGCAUGUCUCCCUCGCUACAACAGGUCAAAGACUCCCUGACACUGCAACUGACGCAGCAGCAGAGCAAAGAAAAGGAGCUUGAAGCCGAGCUGGUCACGUUACGAGGCUUGUGGCCGGUUCCGAGGCUGCUUUGCAAGCGCAACUCCAAACUGCAGAGUCGCGGCAUGAAGGCGCAAGUGCAGCAAGCAAUGGAGCGAGAAAACAAAGGCCGAGAGUCAGCAGACGCAGAUGCUCAGACCACCCCGGAAGGCGAGGCAGAGCAGCUUGCGAUCGCUGCUGCGUUGAAGGGCUUUGAAGCUGAGUCCAUAGCACAGCGAGAGGAGCUAGCAGCCCUUCGAGAAGAACUGGAGUGCAAGCAGGUAGAGGAAAGAAGUGCUGUCAGCCGAGACCGUAGCGAAGCAGAAGAGCAGCUUCUGGCAGAGGAGCUAUUUGCAACGAAGGUAGCGGAUGAGCUUGCAAGUUCCAGGGCGGAAGUUGAGCAGCUCUCCGAACGGAUCUCUGAAAUGCAGAUAGCCCAUGCUGCUUCUGAGGAGUUGCAAGCAAAGCUACAGUCUGAGAGGCCUGUCGUGCAGAGCACCACUGGAGAUCACGAGGCUUUGCAGCAAGAGCUGGAACUAGCCAGAACGCAAGCUGCUGAAGCUGAGGAUGCUGCAGAAGUGCUACAACAGGUCAAAGACUCCCUGACACUGCAACUGACGCAGCAGCAGAGCAAAGAAAAGGAGCUUGAAGCCGAGCUGGUCACGUUACGAGGCUUGUGGCCGGUUCCGAGGCUGCUUUGCAAGCGCAACUCCAAACUGCAGAGUCGCGGCAUGAAGGCGCAAGUGCAGCAAGCAAUGGAGCGAGAAAACAAAGGCCGAGAGUCAGCAGACGCAGAUGCUCAGACCACCCCGGAAGGCGAGGCAGAGCAGCUUGCGAUCGCUGCUGCGUUGAAGGGCUUUGAAGCUGAGUCCAUAGCACAGCGAGAGGAGCUAGCAGCCCUUCGAGAAGAACUGGAGUGCAAGCAGGCAGUUGACAUCAUUCAAGAUUCAGAGAGAUUGGUCUUAGAGAUUGAGUACAGUUCAUGGGAAGAGUCUGUUGUAGCCAUUAUUAAUUUUGGGAACAAGUGGGCUGAGUUUUUUGUUGGCUGCAGACGUAAUGCUGUUUUCACUUUGCUCAUGCAGGUAGAGGAAAGAAGUGCUGUGAGCCGAGACCGUAGCGAAGCAGAAGAGCAGCUUCUGGCAGAGGAGCUAUUUGCAACGAAGGUGACGUCUUGGUGGAUGACUUCGCCACACUAA